AUAAAGCAAGAACAAGAAGCAACCCACCUCACCUCAAACUUCAAACUUCAAACCCUUCCACUCAUUUUUUACAAACUACCAAAUAAAUAAAUAAGACAACAACCACAGGAAGAAAUAAAGUAAGGAAACCUGCCAUCUUCACACCACCAUCAUACAAAAGCAUUAAAAAUCAAUUUGCUCCCGUUCUAUAGAAAAAGAAAAAGAAAAUUCAACUUACUCCAAUCACAGGCCAACAAAAAAAAAAUCAUAAAGGAUGUAUGUACCCACCUCAGUUAGAUAGAUUAAAUAAUGUUAGUUUGUUUAGAUCUUUGAAUUUGCUGGGUGAGCCACCAAGUAGACAGAUCAAGAUGGCUCGGGCAGGAGGAAUAACAAACGCAGUGAACGUUGGGAUAGCGGUCCAGGCUGAUUGGGAAAACCGCGAAUUCAUCUCCCACAUUUCUCUCAAUGUUCGCCGCCUCUUCGAUUUCCUUGUCCAAUUCGAGGCUACAACAAAGAGCAAAUUGGCAUCACUGAAUGAGAAACUUGAUGUAUUGGAACGAAAGCUAGAACUUCUUGAAGUUCAAGUGGGUACUGCAUCAGCCAACCCUUCUCUUUUUGCUCGUGAUGCUUAGCAGAUCAUGCCAUUCUUAUUAGAUUAUAAUAUACCACUUUACUGUAAGCAUCCUCUUGUCUAUAGUGUGGACGUGAACUUAUUUCUUGGUCUUGUAGCCCAGUUCAAAAGUAAUCUAUCCAUUUUUCUGCUUGUAUGUUGAGUAAUAGAAGUAAUUUGUUUGCCAUGAGGUUAUUUUGGGGGUAUACACUUCAAACAGAGCAUGCUCUGUUUGAAGUCUUUUAUUUUCUCUUAGAUACGUAUGCAUUGGAUGCAUUUUCAAGAAUGGAAGAGGAUCGCACAAAAGAAUUUGACGGCGCAGGCAAUUCUUGAUAUAGUGGAUAAAAGACUAUGCAAGUCUCUGAUUACCUUGCCCAAAUACUGUCAGAUACAGCUAUGUAGAACCCUAGUUGCAAUUUUGCCAGUUGGGGUAUUUUACGUUAGUUAGUCAUUCUUUGUGGUCUUCUUUUCCUUCAUUAAAA